CCAUUCUCUCCAUCAUCAAUAUUAUUAUUAUCAAUUCAUCAAAUACCGAUUUGCCGUUCUUUAUCAGAUGAUGAGUGAAGUAAAACAAUCAUCACAAAUGCAAUCGUGUAUUACCUUCAUUAUUAUCCCUCGGAGAAAAUUCUCUUCAAGAAAAACCCAAGUCAAUGAGGAAAAACAAAGGACAAUCAAAUCUAGCUGGAAAUUUAUUCUUCUUUGGUAAUGAUUCAUUUCAUCAUUGCCUACAAAAACCUUCAAAUACUAAGGCUAAAAAAUUUGAAUCAUAUUAUUUCGGAGCAAGCACCGAUGCUCAAUUUACAAGACAUCAUUAUUUAUUAGAAACCAAUGAAAUUAUUAAAGUUGCGAGUGGAGAUUUUCAUUCCUUAUUCUUAACAAGGGAUAAAAGAGUAAUUGUAGCUGGGAAGAAUAAGAAUGGACAAUUAGGAUUAUAUCACUUUGAUCCAAUAGAAGAACCUCAAUAUUUGGAAUAUGUAGGUGAGGAAAGAAGGCCAUGUCCACCCAUUAGGAAUAUCUACUGUGGAGGUGAUUAUUCCUUUAUAGAGACUGAAGAACAUCAUAUCUAUAGUUUUGGUAAGAACAAAAUUGGGCAAAUAGGUAUAGGGGAUUGUAUGAAUCAACGUGUUUCAAUUCCAACAAGAGUAUCAAUACAGCAAAAAGCAACAACAAAUGGAAGUAGUAGUAGUAGUAGCACAUUAAUACCAGGUGAAAAUCUUCCAGUUAAACUGAUAAGUUGUGGUUGGCAGUCAACUUUUAUUCUAUUUGAGACAGAACAAUUAUAUGUUUGUGGAGAUAAUAGCCACCAAUGUAAUGUACAUCAACAACAACAAAAUACAAGCUACAAACCAAUCAUAAGUUCACAAAAGAAACUAGAGAAAUACUCAUUCCAAAAAAUAGACAUUCCAAACCUUUACGCCUCCUCAUUGAAAAACAAUACAAAGAAUUCCAUUCAAGAUAUUCAAGUUGGUCUGUUUCACACUGGUAUAUUGAUGAAUUCAGGUGAAGUGUGGAUCUCUUGUCCUUGUUGUUGCUCUCCAAUUGAAUUAGAACGAAGAAAGUUCAAGAAGAAGAGUUUUAUGGACAAGAAUGGUAAACUCAUUGUAACAGAAUAUGGUGAUGAUUUGCUUAAAUCAUUCAAGUUAAUGCACAUGGCUUAUUUGUCGACGUUUCUUUGUACACACAAUGAUGUAAUGUAUGUUUCUGGAGUAAAUUAUUGUGGCAGUUUGGGAGUGGGAUCAGAUGAUUUGCUUGCCUAUAAGAGGUUUACUGAAUCACCUUUACUUUCUCAAAUUGAGGCAGAAAAGAUUUAUGGUACAAAUAGGACGAUUAUGGUAACCAAGCAAGGUCAUGUUUAUGUUUGUGGUAGUAAUUGUCAGGGAGAAUUAUGCUUGGAUCCAACAACUCAUAGCUGUGAAAGUAAUGGAAAGUCUUGUCCCUGUGGAGCUGAUGAUUGUUUCAGAUCUUGCAUUUCUGCGCCUGCAAGAGUUCUCCUAUUGGAAAAUGAAGUUAAUAAGAGAAGAAAUGCCAAACUUGAAAUGUCAUGCGGUUCGUUUCAUACCAUUGCUUACUUUAGGUCGUGUGAAACUAAGGAUAUGUCAUUCUUUUAUAAUCAAUUGUAUAGUCAACUUGUAAAUAGUGAGCACUCAUUCUCAGAUGUUGAUAUUAAUUUUUCAACGAAGAGAGUGCAAUUUGAAGAAGUUUUAGACGAGUUUGUAUCACCCACAAAGAGGGUUAAAAUGUAAUAAAUUUAUCAAAUACUUGUUUU